AUGGAUAGAGUGUUAGGUUGGAAUGUCAGGGGCCUAAACUCCAUUCAGAAACAGAAUGAGGUGAAUCACUUUAUUCAGAAGUAUGCAGUGGGUUUGGUGGGGCUCUUGGAACAUAAGGUAAAGCUCUCUAACCUAGGGAAGCUUUAUCAGAAAGUUUUUGUAAAUUGGUGCUUUACUAGCAACUCUAGCUAUCACUCUGGUGGUAGGAUAGUUGUAGCCUGGAAGGCUGGUUGCUUCACAGUUAACAUUGUUGCUGCAUCCAGUCAGUUUGUUCAUUGCCAUGUUACUCCUGUAAGUGGUAGGAAACCCUUUUAUUGCACCUUUGUUUAUGCUUUUACUGAUGCUGGUAUGAGACAAGAUCUAUGGAGGGAUUUGUUGUUGUUUAACACUCAAGAACCCUGGAUUGUGUGUGGGGAUUUCAACUGUGUUAUGGCAUUAGAUCAGAGAAUUGGAGCUCUUGUCAGACAUAGAGAUAUUGUGGAUGUGAGCAACUGUAUGCAUGCUUGUGGUAUGGAGGACAUCAAGUGUGUGGGUAAUCUUUUCACCUGGAACAACAAGCAACAAGGUAACAACAGGGUUUUUUCAAAAAUUGAUAGAUAUAUGGCUAAUCAAGCUUGUCAAACUUGCUUUCCUGUUGCUGAGGUAUGUUUUAUGCCAGAAGGGAUUUUUGAUCACUCUCCUGGUCUUCUUUCUGUGUUUCCCAGAGAUGAUGGAGGGAAGAAACCAUUUAAGUAUUUUACUAUGUGGAAGUCCUCAAAUGUGUUUUCUGAUAUUGUCCAGCAGGCUUGGAAUACUCAGUUUAUUGGCACUAAAAUGUUCAUUUUGAUUAAUAAACUGAAAAGAGUUAAACUGGCUCUUAAAGAGUUGAAUAAAGUAGGUUUUACAGAUAUUCAAGCAGCAGAUUUGAGAGCUUAUCAGACUAUGGUGAGUGCACAAACUGCAAUGCAUAAUAAUCCUUCUGAUCAAAGUUUUGCAGAUGCAGAGUUGAUUGCGAUACAGGAGUAUAAGGAGAAACAUAAUGCUUAUUUGGCUUUCCUCAGUCAGAAAGCAAAAUUGGCUCGGCUUAAAGAUGGAGAUGAGAAUACUUCUCUUUUUCAUCAGAGUAGUACUUCUGAUAACAGAACACCAGUAAACAAGGAGGUGGUGCAGCAGGGGCCAGUCUGUUUGGAUCAUCAUAAAGCUAUACUCAAUGCUCCUUAUACAGCUGAUGAAGUUAAGAAGGCUCUUUUCUCUAUUCAAGGUAUUAAAGCUCCUGGUCCAGAUGGUUUUGGCUCUUAUUUUUACAAAGAUGCUUGGCAUAUUGUUGGGGAUGAAGUCAUUGCAGCCAUUCUUGAUAUGUUACAGCAAGGAAGAAUCUUGAAGGAGGUGAACCACACUGUGAUUACCCUUAUACCCAAGACUAAAUGUCCAAAGGAUGUGAGUGAGUUCAGGCCAAUUUCUUGCUGCAACACCAUUUAUAAGUGCAUAACAAAAGUUUUGUGUGGGAGAUUAAGACAAGUUCUUCCUGAUCUCAUCAUGGAAAAUCAAGGAGGUUUUGUUCAUGGGAGAUACAUAGUUCAUAAUAUUAUGGUUGUGCAAGAUUUAGUCAGGCAUUGUGGGAGGAAAGGGGUUAAGCCUAGCUGCCUUAUGAAGAUUGAUCUUCAAAAAGCCUAUGAUACUGUUGAUUGGCAGUUCUUACAGGAGAUGCUGGUUCUUUUGGACUUCCCAAAGCAUUUUGUUGAUAUGGUUAUGCAAUGUGUUACUACUCCCAUGUUUUCUUUGAUGCUGAAUGGUUCUAUGCAUGGGUUUUUUAAAUCCAAGAGAGGUUUGAGGCAAGGAGACCCUAUCUCUCCUCAGUUAUUUGUCAUUUGCAUGGAAUAUUUGUCUAGAAUUCUGAAUAGAGUGAGCUCUAUGCAUCAGUUCCAGUUUCAUCUAAGGUGUAAGGGGAUUGGUCUUACUCACUUAUGUUUUGCUGAUGAUCUGAUUAUCUGUAGCAAGGGAGAUUAUCAGUCUAUUUACUUGUUUCUUCAAGCUUUCAAGUUGUUUUCUGAUACUUCUGGCUUAAAGGCAAAUCCACAAAAGUCUUCUAUCUACUGUCAUGGCAUGCAUGAAUCUGAUAUUCAGAGGGUAGUAGAUGUUUCUGGUUUUUCUAGAAGUAUGUUGACAUUCAAAUAUUUGGGGGUCCCUAUAUGUUCUAAGAAGAUAUCUGUGGCUCAGUGUGCUCAUUUGGUGGAUAAGAUGAUCACUAGGAUAAAAAUUUGGAGUUCUAGGAAUUUAUCCUAUACAGCAAGAAUGCAGCUUGUUAAUUCAGUUUUACUGAGUUUGCACAUGUAUUGGGCACAAAUUUAUGUGCUUCCAAAAGGUGUUCUUCAAGAUAUAGUGAAGAUCUGCAUAGCCUUCCUAUGGAGUGGCCAUGCUUUCAGUCAUAAACCAAGCAACAUAGCUUGGGAUAAAGUCUGUAGUGACAAGCACACUGGCGGGUUGGGGUUUAGAGAUGUUCAGAAGUGGAAUAUUGCCUUUAUGGGGAAAUAUGUUUGGGCUUUAGUCAAGAAGCAGGAUAAUGUGUGGAUUAGGUGGAUUAAUUCAGUCUACUUAAAAGAUGGGGAUUGGUGGGAGUAUCAGCCUUGGUCUACUGCUAGCUGGUACUGGAAGCAAGUGUGCAAUACAAAGGAGCAGGUCAAACAGUUCUUUACUUGUGCAGAUUUUGAGAACAUGCCUUAUUAUUCAGUGAAACAAGUGUAUGAGAAACUCCUAGGGGACAAGCCAAGGGUGCAUUGGGACAAAAUGGUUUGGAAUAGGUUGAAUGUUCCAAAACAUAGAUUCAUUUGCUGGUUGGCUGUUCAAUCAAAGCUUCAGACUACAGACAAACUAGCAAAGAUAGGCAUUAGUCAAUCUGCUAGUUGCUUGAUUUGUGGCUUGGAUGAUGAGACUCAUCAGCAUUUCUUCUUUCAGUGCCAGUAUAGUAAGCAAAUUAUUAUAGCAGUACAUCAGUGGAUAGGUUUCUCUAUUCAUGGCAAUUUGGUUCAAUUAGUCAGGAAAGCUGGACAAAUUAAAGCUUCAAAGUUCAGGAAGCAGGUGUAUUUUGCAGCUGUUGGUGCUGCCGUCUACCUGAUCUGGAGGUGUAGAAACACAAGUUUUUGGGAUAACUCCAUUCCCACUGUCAGUCAGAGUAUGAAGGAUUUGAAGCAAAUGGUCAAGAGCAGAAUUCAGGUUGUUCUGCCAAAGCAUGUAAGCAAGAGAGAUAGUGAAUGGUUCACAAAUUUGUAA